AUGCUAAUCUUGUCUCUAUCUGCUGAAGUCGUCAAUUCAGUUGAAAAAAGAUUGGCUUUAAUGAAGAAACUUUUUCCCGAAUCUCCAGAAGUCGACGCCUUUCAGCUGUUGAGCAUUUCGAACCAAAAACGAGCACAAACAGUGAACAAAGCUGACACAUUUGAUCAGUGGCUUGAAAAAAUUCAUAUUGAUGAUCGAAAACUCUACGAGAAAAUCGUGGAAGUGAAGAAAAAAUUUGAAGAAGCACACGAUGGACUUGGGCCAAAGGAAAAAGAUUUUAUGAACAAGACUUUUUCAACCAUGUGGACACAACUCGUGAAUGACGCUCAAAGGAACGAAAAUAAUGUUGAGAUUGAUGAAGAGGGACUUUUUGGGAAGGAAAAGGGACGAGAGCUGUUGAGACAAUAUAAAUCACUUCCCGAAAGAUCUAGAAGAGCGAUGAAGAAGAAAUUUCCCAUUCUUAGCAUUAUCCUCUUCAUUUCGGCGAGAGAUCAGAAAAAU